AUGCUGGCCUCGCUUUCUAGGGAGGCGAAGGGCUUGCUUACCCUCAUUCCGAUCGCCUUUUCCUUGUACUGGCUGUGGGGUCAGUCGAUUUGGACUAUUCGCAGCCCGUUCAAGGACUUCACUUCAUCAACUGGCAUCAAGUGGAGACCGUGUUUUGAGGACCCGACUUUUCACUGCGGCUAUCUUCGGGUGCCGACAGACUACAAGGACCCCACAGCGGGGACAUCAAGGCUUGCCCUCACGAAAUACCCCGCGACUUGCUCUGCAACAGACCGUCUUGGCAUUAUAAUCACCAAUUAUGGGGGGCCCGGUGUUUCUGGCCGCGAAGCAUCUUUUGGAACCGCCCGGCGCAUCCAGAACAUGACCGGAAAUCGACACGACAUUAUCUCGUUCGAUCAGCGCGGGUUAGGCCACAGCACGCCCCGCGUCGAUUGCUUUGGCUCCCGACUGAGAUACCAGAUGUUCAAGACUAACACAGUUCUCGAAACCACCUUUUCCGUGCCAAAGGACCCAUUCUCAGCGGAAGGCCGGGCCAUUUUGGUCGAGCAACAAAAGGAAGCUUUGGUACUGGAGCAAGCGCAAGCGACGUUGUGUUCUCAGACGAUGGGUGCCCAAGCCUUGGGGUAUAUGAGUACAACCAUGACGGUUUACGAUAUGGAAGAAAUUUCAAGGGUUUUGGAGGGAGAGAAGGCGCCGAUAAACUUUUGGGGAGGCUCCUAUGGAACCAUUGUUGGUGGCUAUCUCGCCAACAUCCUCCCUCACAAAGCGGGGAAGAUAUAUAUCGAUGGUGUCGUUCCUGCGGAUAUAUGGAGCAACGAGCACUAUGAAACUCAAGCCCUCGUUCGAUUAUUCCUCACCGAUUCGGAGAAGACAUAUCAGCUCUUUCUCGAAGAAUGCUUUAAUGCCGGUCCAAAACAUUGUGCGCUCACGAAAGCGGGCGACAGCUCUGCCAGUGUGAUUGGCAAGCGGAUUGACGACUUCAUCGACCGCUUGCAAACCCAACCCAUCCAAGUCCCGAACCAUGUUCGCCCUGGAUAUCUUACAUCGGGAGGCAUCCGGAGCUCGCUCUUCAAUGCCCUCCAAAUGCCCGAAGAAUGGCCAAUAUAUUCAGAGAUGCUUGCGAGUGCCAUUAAUGGCACCGAUUCGUCCAAAAUCAUGCGAGUAAUCGCUUUCCCAUACAGCGAGCCAAACCCGCCCGCCGACCCCGAGGGUCUUGUCGACACCGGCCAAGCGGAGCUGAUGAGGCUUGCAAUUGCUUGUGGGGAUGCGUUACCCUAUCAAGCUGAGCAGUGGCCGACAGCAGAGACCAUCGUCGAUCAAAUUUUGACGACGUUGAGGGCGUUUCCAAGAUUUGGAGCAACCGUGCAUCUAAUGGAGCAACAUGGUGGUUGUCAGUUUUGGCCAGGAAUGAAUGUUGGCCCCACACGAUUUAGAGGCCCCUGGAAUAAAACACUCUCAACUCCCAUGCUACUCGUUGCCAACUCCCAUGACCCCGUAACGCCAUACGCUGCUGCCAAGAUCGUCCAUGAAACGAUGGGUAACUCAUCACGACUCAUCUUACAAGAAACAGCAGGCCACUCGUAUAUUGGCACUAUGACGGAAUGUGCUGCCAGCAUAAUUCGACGAUACUUUGUUGAAGGCGUCAUACCCACCGAGCCAGAAACCCGCUGUCCUCGGGAAAUCACCAACUUCUUCACAGACGAGCGGGUGUUUGGUGUCAAUCCCACCAUCCUAAAGAGCCAUUUAGGGGAUCACGUGUAA